GUUGCAUGACCGCGCAAUUGUCAGUUAAAAUAAAGCAGUGCCAUAACCAGAGGCGGACUGACCUAUUGGAAACUCGGGCACUGCCCGAGGGCCCGGGGUCAGUAGGGGGCCCCAUGAGAUGCCCCUGGUACCUUUUUCAUAGGCUUUUUUGAGUUUGGGCAAGGACACAGGGGCCCCAUGCUCCCCUAUUGCCCGGGGGCCCCAUGAGUUGUCAAUCCACCCCUGGCCGUAAAGCAAAAAAUGGCCUGGCUUUUUUGAGUUUGGGCAAGGACACAGGGGCCCCAUGAUCCCCUAUUGCCCGGGGGCCCCAUGAGUUGUCAGUC